AUGUCCAAAAACGAUUCAACACAAGGCAUAGAAGCCUGUCCCGUUGACCAUGCAACACGCUCCGCAUGGCUCAAAAACAAUUCCAGUAAACCACCUUUUCCAGGCGUAACCCCUCCAGCGAAACCGGGCCCAAGUUGUGAUUCUUCUACUGUUGAUCAAGCCACUCCUCCCACACAUACGCCCUCGAGUUUCUUCUCUAGAUUAUUCUUAUGGGACAAUUCAUCUUCAACACCUUCUCAACCACCAACUACUUCUAAAUCAACAACCUCUCAACCCCGCCUUGGCCUCGACCGCGAAAUAUCCACCAUUCCCCGCGCCUCCCCUACUCCAAAUGAUACCCCAUCCUCCUCUACAUCUCAUCCUGCAAAUUCUGAAUCUGAGUCAGGCGUCUCCACAUCCGGUAACUGGAUUUACCCCUCCGAGAAAAUGUUCUUCGAAGCCAUGAAGCGCAAGGGCCAUCAAUCUGAUGCCGCAGAUAUGAAGACUAUUGUGCCAAUUCAUAAUGCUGUCAAUGAGCGAGCAUGGAAGGAGAUUAGGGAGUGGGAGGCAGGCUGGGGAAGUGAGAAAUGCGGUGGACCUCGUCUCCAUUCUUUCCUCGGGCUUUCGCAAACGCUCUCCCCAAAGGCUCGCAUCAAUACGCUCCUAGGAUAUACCGCUCCCUUUGAUCGUCAUGAUUGGGUUGUUGAUCGUUGUGGCAAGAGAGUCGAUUAUAUAAUAGAUUUUUACGCUGGCAAAGCAUCUCCAGAUGGAAAUGGAAAAUUAAAUUUCUUCCUAGAUGUUCGGCCCAAGUUGAAUACAUUGGAGGGAUGGAAGAUGAGGGCCUGGAAAUUAUUGAACUAA